AAAUUUUGCCUUUCACAAAAAAGAAAAAAACACGCACACGCACACGCACACGCACAUACAAAAUAACUUGGGACCUUACCGAUUAGGUUAAAAGAAUUGGCUUAGUUGAAUUUCUUCUCCAAGAAUCUCUGGUCCAAUGGUACCUAUUGCUCCCUUCAUCCCGCUGUCUCCCUCCAUCUGAGAACUUUCGUUCGCCAUCGGUAAACACCCACCACUUAGACCACAAGAAUAUAGUUUUUGUCCUAUCUUCCCAUAUGUUUUAUUGCUACUUGAGGGUGUUCAAGUCGAGGUGAAAUUACUGCAUCAAUUGCAUCGGAGAGUCAUCGGUGGGUAGUCCUCGCCUUUAUUUGCAGGUUUUCUGGCAGCCUUCACCUGGGGGUUUUUGCGGGAUUGGAGAUUUUAGUUUAAAAUCUUCUUUCAAUUCUUUGCUAGGAUGAAACUCUCUUUCUCCCUCUCCUCGAAGCCCCAAAAUUCAACCCUCAAGAUACCCUCUACCGCCGACACCAAUGCCAAAGAGUCAGUCGAAUUCGUUACCGAAUUCGACUCCUCCAAGGCCCCAACCGCCAAAAACCAGGAAAAUCGGGUAAUUCCUCCUAAGCCCAAUGAAUGGAGGCCGACUAAGAAGAUGAAGAACCUCGAGCUUCCACUCCAAUCUGAUGCUCAAGAUCAACCAAUGCUCCAAUUUGAAGUUGUUGAAUCUAGCUCAUCUGACCAUACUUCUGAGAGUAUGUCCUACGGCCUUAAUCUGCGUAAUUCGGGUAAUGGGGCUGGAGCGAACCCACAGGAAUUUCCUGGUUCGGCAUCUAACGGGGACCCUGUGUUGCAUAAAUUGAGGGAGGAUUUGAAGAGGUUACCGGAGGAUGCUGGGUUUGAGGAGUUUGAGGAUAUGCCCGUUGAGGGAUUUGGUCGGGCGUUGUUAGGUGGGUAUGGUUGGGUUGAAGGCAAGGGUAUCGGAAAGAAUGCGAAAAAGGAUGUGGAUAUAGUGGUGUUAAAGAAACGAACUGGUAAGGAAGGGUUAGGGUUUACUGGUGGAUUACUGGAAUUACCAGCUGAAGCCAAUCGUGAAAAUGGUUGUGGGACUAAUAAUAGUAUGAGGAAAGGAAGUGACAGAGAUGGUCAGGAGAAGGGAAGGGAAAAAAAGGACUUUUAUGUGGGGAAAGAAGUGAGGAUUGUGGGUGGAAGGGAAGUUGGGAUGAAAGGUAGGAUACUUGAGAUGAAACACAGUGGGGAAGUUGCAAUUUUGAGGCUUUUAAAGAGUGAGGAGGAUGUAAGUGUUUAUGUUAGUGAUUUAGCUGAUUUGGGAUCAGUUGAGGAGGAGAGGUGUUUGAGGAAGCUGAAGGAGUUGAGGAUUAGAGAGAAAAGCGAUGUUAGUGAUAAGAAAAUUGGUAAAGGUAGGGAUAAAGAUUUGGCGAGCAGUUGGACGGAUAGUAGAGAUAGAGAAAUGAAAGAUAGGAAGAAGGAUAGUAAAAGGGGAAGGGAGGAGAUUAAGGGUAGCGAUAAGUUAUCCUGGUUGACUAACCAUAUCAGAGUGAGGAUUAUAAGCAAGAAUUUAAAAGGUGGACGAUUGUACCUGAAAAAAGGGGAGGUUGUGGAUGUGGUUGGGCCAACAACUUGUGACAUAUCUAUGGAUGAGAACAGGGAGUUGAUACAAGAGGUGGAUCAGGAGCUACUGGAGACAGCACUUCCAAGGCGUGGAGGACCGGUUUUAGUUUUGUAUGGUAAACAUAAGGGUGUCUAUGGAAGUCUAGUGGAAAGGGAUACAGAGAAGGAAACAGGUGUGGUUAGGGAUGCUGAUUCACAUGAAUUGCUUAAUGUUCGCCUUGAGCAAAUUGCAGAGUAUAUUGGGGAUCCAAGCUACAUAGGUUAUUAGUUGAUUCCUAGUAAUGAGAUGCAGCAUUUCUCGAUUGAUACUGUGUUUCAAAGUUCAUACUGUGUUUCAAAGUUCAAGGUUAGCAGAGAGUGUGUUCUUUUAGGAUUGCAAGCUUCAAAUAUUUAUUCCAAGUGAAGAUUAAGAAUUGUAUUUGCAUAAAAAUGUUUUGAGUAAGGUUUGGGACUCAGUUUUUUUUUGUCUGGAAACUGAAAUCUGUGUCUCUCUCGUAGAGAUAGGUAUAGCAGUUCUAGGUAGCUGUUUGCUUCACCAUGUGGAGUUCUACUUAGCUAACUUCAUCAUUUACCAUUUGUUAUAGUUAUUGAUCUUCUUUGGUGCUGCUUUAGAUCUCAGUUGGGGUUUAUCAAUUUGCAUUUGAAUGAGGGUAACAGCAAGGUGCAGGGUAUUGUUGGGAAAGAUCUCUUCAUUUAUUUAUUGAUUUCAAUAGCUUAAAUUUUGAGUUAAUGUUUUGUGGAUGGCUGCUUUUUCACUGGUGGACUUUCAUAUGGGAACAACAAACCAGCUUGUUAGUUGUUGUUGUAUGCAUUAUGCUGUUUACUUUUUUUUUCAUUGGAACUGGUGCAUUUUUGCUUUAGACAUUUUCUUUGGCCAUGAAUUUAGUUUGGGAUAAUAGUUACACUGAUCUGUAGCCUACAUGGUACUAUGGAUAUAAUGCUUUGUGACUUCAUUUUAAAGAAAUAAAUGCUUGCUUGUUGGUUCAUAUUUAGGUAAUGUUGGGGUUCUGUACAAUCAUCAAAAAGGUGUUCACUAAAUUUCUUGGGAUCAAGACUUUCUUAUGAGGGUCGUUAUGAAUGUAAUUACAAGUUAAGGUGCCAAAGGAGGAAUAUUUAUGUAAGGCUAGUAAUGUUUUUUUUUGGUUGUGAUACUACAUCUGAAGCCAACUGAUUUGCUAAAGGGAAAAGGACAGUAAUUCUUGUUGUAUUUGGUUUGACUUUUGUGAACUAGACUAUGAUGGUUAUCUAUGGCAUAGGCAAAUUGUUUCUUCCACCUUAUGUUAUGUCGAAAUGUUUCCAUCAAUUUGUCCGUAAAGAGCAAGAUCCUUGCCCUGUUUGUAUCUGAAUUUUUGCUUGUAAUCCUUAAGGAGUGUGCUUUAUAUGCUAGGUAAUAACUUAAAAUUUCGGAAGAUAUGAUAAUGAGUCAGCUGUCUUCUUCUAGUUGAAGCUAGCAUAGCAGUUUUCUAAUAACUAUUGCCUUUUACUGAUUAUAUAACAGUCAUGUGGUUCGAUGGGACUGAAAAAUUUUUAGAGAUUUGUAAGUUUUGUAGUUUCUUGGUGCUAAUUCUUGUUGCUCUUUAGCACUCCAAAUUCUGGAAUAUGGAUUUGAACCCAAAAUUUCUUUUUGGGGGUGGGGGGGGGGAGAUGGGAUUGGCAGGUGCAUGGGUGUGGGCAUGGAGAAUAGUGACAAAUAUGUAUUAGACGAAGAGACAAAAAAAAUUCAAGUGGAGAUAGUAAUCUUAGCUUUCAAAUGUUUAAAGAUACAGUGCGGCAACGAAAGCAGCAUGGCUAGAAAAUAUCCUCAAUGAGCUGCUUAAGUUUCUAUUGUUCAUUAUGCUAGUCCUUGCUAUAAUGCUAGGGUCAGGGGAGGGUUAACAGAAUUUGUGACGCAGGAUCUUUAGGUUUCAGCAAUGAAAUUAGGUGUGGAUUAUACGCGAGCACACUGGAUCUUUUAGGUGUCUAUUAUGUGCAGAAAAUAGACUUAAGUGUUGGUACAAAAAUUAGAUAGGAAGAUGAGGAAGGAGAUGAAAAAGCAGAGAACUCAUGCAUUAUGUCAGAGAGCGAGAGAGAUAGAAAGGGAAGCAUUUUUUGAAAAUUGCUUCAUUUCAUUGCAAUCUGCCAUAAAGCUAUUACAACCUAUAUUCAUGUAUGGAACAUGACUUGGGGGGAGGAGAUCUUAGAAAGGACCAGAACUCAACAACUAAGAAAGCUAAAAGCUCAAAAACUAAAGGAAGCCAAUUUGGACUUGAUUACUACUGCAGGUGGCCUCCAUUUCCAAAGACUUGCCUCCAUUUCCAAAGACUUGCAGAGCUUCUAGCAAGAAGACUGGAUUUCUGAAUUUUGAAUCUGUCAAAAAAGACUUCUGCUAUGCACCCUAUGGCUUAUUUUAGCAUGAGCUGAAGUAUAAAAAACUCAUGAAAAUUGGAACGUAAACUGCUUUGACUUAUACAUCAAACUUCACAUCUAAAUGGAAAUACAUCAUGGAAAGCGGCUAGAGAACUUGAAAAUCUGUUAUUUUCUGAAAUUAUGAGAAUCUUUGUUCAUAUCUCUUCAUUCUGCAUCAGUUUGGUACUUAAAAGCUGCUUUCACCAAUUAACCUGUUCUACUUGAAAGAGAUGCUGUUGUUGGACCAGCCAUUUUAGUGUGAAUAGGGAUUGUGUAGAUUUUACCUUGUCAGGAGUUGUCCCUGCUGACAUUCAAUUGUUCAACACUUAUUCAUAUGGUCCCUUUUAACUGAACAUGCUACAGUUUUUGUUCCUGAAAUAGAAAGGUAACGUCUGAGCAUAAGAGGUGACGAUAGCACUUUGGCGAAUAAUUGAUUAUUUGAUUAUCUUUGGGCAUUUAGUCGGGUUUAUUGAUCCAUCUAAAUUGUUUAUCAUUUGAUUUAAAUUUCUCUUACGUUCUUGCUUCUGAAAUGUGUGCGACCUUAAACUAGACUGACAAAACUUUUAGUUUAAAAUGACUUAAGGAUCAGUUGUUGCAUACCUUCUAAAAUUAGCUUGGUAUAUUAGAAGGCUGAGAUUUAUCUCUUUUGACAGAAUAUUGACCAGCCAAAACAGAAUUGCCUUUUUGAGUUUUGAUAAUUUGGUCUGCAUCAUGUUGACCAGGUUUCAGCUGCCUUUUGCUUAUUGUUUUGGGCUUAUUUUAAGGAUAUGAUGAGAAACCAAUAGCAUUUGAUUUUAGUGUUUUCAAUGGAAUUUUACCUCAUGUUACAAUUAAAGAAUAAUGAUAAAAGAAAAA